AUGUCCAAUGCCACGGGGAAUGAACCGAUGGACAUCUUCACGGCGGUGUGCAAGGGAGACCUUGAAGUCGUCAAAAGUCACCUAGAUGAGGGGGCAGACAUCAACCAACAAAACGAAGAGGGGACGCCUCUCCUCCUGGCCUCACGUAAUGGGCACACGCAUCUGGUUCGAUUCCUUAUCCUCAACGGAGCCGGCGUUGCAAACGCGACUGCUCGCGAUGGCUGCACGCCCGUUCACGCAGCCGCAACAUUUGGACACACCGACACCCUCCGAGUCUUGCUAGACAGUGGCGCGGAUAUUCAGGCGACCGACUACUUUCAGAACACUGCUCUACUCCUGGCCGCAACAUAUAAUCACCUCGACGCCGUGGAACUGCUCCUGGGGAGAGGAGCUGCAAAGGAGGCGAUGACUCGAAAUAAAGAAACACCCCUCGUGGCAGCUGCAAUGGAUGGCCACCUUGAGACCGUCAAGACUUUGGUUGGGCACGGCUGUCUCCUUGAGCCAGGCGAUAUAGUGGAGCAUACACCCAUGACAGUAGCAGCCUCCAAAGGACAUCUUGAGACUGUCAAGUUUCUCCAUGAAGAGGGCGCUUGUAUAGAGCCAAAGGAGGGGAGACGUCCAUCUGCUCUUCACUGUGCGGCCGGUCAAGGCCACUAUGAGAUUGUGGAAUUCCUAUGCUCUCAUCUUGAUCUUGCCAAAAACACACCGGUUUGCCAAGCUAAGGGGGACACACCACUCCAUUUAGCAGCCAGAAAUGGCCAUAUCGAAAUCAUAGAGCUUCUACUGGAGAAGGGCAUAGACGCACAUCACCGGAACGAGGCGGGUGAGACGGCACUCUAUGGCGCCAUUGAUUCAGGAAGUCUCCGGGCGAUGGAACUACUGCUCAAGAAGUGCCCCGACAUCAACAUCACGACGUCAUUAUAUGAGACGCCACUUCAAAGAGUCUGCCACCGAGGGGAUGAGAAGAUGUUCGUGCUACUUCAAACCCACUACCCGCACAUGAAAGACUGUUUCAGGAGGUGCCUGGAGGCGGCGGCUUCGCAGGGACACGGGGGAAUAGUCAAGGCGCUCCUCGAUAUUGCAGUCAAGAUUGGGGUCAAAGAUGCAGACCUGACCGAUGGUUUGUGCCAUGCGGCCUCAUCUGGCCACUUGGAGGUCGUUGAGAUCUUCCUCGACGCUGGAGUGAAAAUCGGAUAUGACGGAUCAUACCCCAAAAGUGCGAUUUUCGAGGCCAUCGAAUCGCAGAAGAUCGAACUGGUCCAACUCCUGAUAGAGAGAGGUGCUGAUGUUUGUGCUGUCGGCCAAAGACGCUGGUCACCACUCAUGUAUGCCAGUCUUGAAGAUUCUACCGAGAUCGCCAAGCUGCUUCUAGAGAAAGGUGCAGAUCCCAAAGUUUCGAACAAUACAGGAUGGACCGCUCUCAUGCUGGCAUUGGAGAAUGGCAAGGUGGAAAUAGCCAAGUUGUUGUUGGAACAGGAUGACCCGGGCUUGGAUCUCACAUCGCGCGAGGGGUGGACUGCGCUGCAUGUUGCUGUCAAACGCAAGUAUAUUGAUGUCGUCAAGAUGCUUCUCGAUAAAGGCUCGAAUCUGGAGGCGGUCGUGGAACAUGGAACGACUCCUUUGCAACUUGCCUGCCAGGCAAACAACGUUGAAAUGGCUGACCUCCUCGUCAAGAAGGGCGCCAAUUUAGAGACAGCAGAUGCGUCCGGCUGGACGGCGCUCAGCGAAGCUGCCCAUUCUGGAUUGACCGAAGUGGUCAAGCUGUUGAUUGCGGCAGGGGCAGAUCUGGAGCAGGGCACACGUGGAUGGACGCCUCUCAACCUGGCCGGAAAUAGAGGUCAUCUGGAUGUCGUGGAAAUCCUUUUGGAGAAUGGGGCGGACAUUGAGAAUAAGAACGAUAAAGGGUGGGCACCACUCGCCACUGCUCUUUCCAAAGAGAAGACAGAGGUUUUCAAGUUUCUACUCUCAAAGAAUGCCGACCCAAACGCGAGAACUUCCGACGGACACACACCUCUAGGACUGGCUGCAUCUUCAGGGUAUCUCGAAAUUGCUGAGUUGCUAUUAUCUCAUGAAAGCUGUCCUAUUGAUCUCGAAGCACGGGUGGAUGAUGAUGACAGCACGCCAUUGCUUCGAGCCGUGCGGAAGGGUCACGCAGAAGUUGCGAGAUUGCUCAUGGAAAAGGGUGCGAACCCCAUGACCAUGGACAAGCACGGCCAAACACCACUGCAUGAGGCAUCAAAGAGUGGGCGCUUGGACAUUGUCAAGGAUUUGCUUGCUCACUCUCCUGGGGCUCUUCACCUCUUAAAUACUACAAAGGGCACCCUCCCAAUUCAUUCGGCUGCGAGGAAGGGUCAACUCGAGGUUCUGCAAUACCUUCUCGCACAAUAUGAAAAGCCGGCUGCUCCAGGUGGUCCCACAUACUCGCCAGAGCAGGAGAAGAUGAAAACCACCGAAAGUCAAGCAAGCAAAGAAUGCUUGGUUAAUCAGCGUUCAGGUGUCAAUCUCCAGUCCAAAUCUGGGCGGACUCCCCUUCAUUUUGCGAGUGUUGGAGGCCAUGUAAACACUGUCAAGUAUUUGCUUGAUAACAAAGCAGACCAAGGCAUCUUGGAUGCAACAGGGCGAUCGCCAUUGGCACUGGCUUCAUACCAUGGGCGCCUUGAAACAACCGAGCUGCUCCUUGCGAGCCCUGGCUCUAAUCCAGUCUUGCUCGAUGCUGCAGGCCGCACGCCAUUGUUCCUUGCCGCUGCCAGGGGACACAGUCACGUUAUCCAGAAACUUCUUGCAAUUCCGGCCAUGGAACCGUCUGUCCUUCUCCAGAAGGAUAUAUACAAUUCAAUUCCGAUCUCAGUAGCAAUGAGAAAUGAACACGAUGAGGUUGUGAUUCAACUUCUGAGGUCUGCUAGACCAUCUCUAGAGAUGGAAGACUUUGGGGGCAGGACACUCGGCCAGUCGCUUCGAUAUCUGGCAACCGAGCGCCUGAUACACUUUUUCUUGGACCACGAGCUGGACGAAUAUUUCACGGUGCAGAAAGGGCCCUUGACAGUUGACAGCAACGGGAAACGACGAGAAGAGUGCAGCGUGUGUAUGGGGUCAUUGGGGGAGGAUCACCCUCGUUAUGAGUGUGGUGUUUGCGACCGAGCCGUUUUCAUUGAGUGCGGAUAUUGCUUUGAACUCGGGCACAAAUGUCCUGAUAAAUCCCACAACAUGACAUACAAAGCGGAUGAAAUUGAAGGGGAUGAAGGUGGAGGGAAAUGGGUGGUUCUCCAAGCAUAA